UUAUUUAUGCCAGACUAUCAGUACACCAAUGAUGAGGAUCAUUAAAAUAUAUAGGGCUGCUCAUAAUGUUUUUACACCUCUAUGUCUGUAGGCCUAUAUGAGAAAGUCAAUCAAAUAUUUUCUGAUUGUAAUAUUCUAUACAGAUUGAUUGACAUUUUCAGAUCAUGGUUAGUUUGUUUAGUGGCAUGCAAGCAGUAUGAUAAGGCCUAGUAUGUUUAGCAGUGAUGGGUGUUGAAACACUGCAACGGACUGUAAUUUCCUGCAACUGAAAGGAAAUUGCUUGUUCAGGAAACACAGACUCUGAGCUGGUUCUUUUGAAACUUAACAUGACAGGCGACUGUUCCAAAACAACCAGUAACAUCCCUUCAUUACCCAUGGAGGUUGAUACUGCUUUUCUCAGAUCCUUGAGGGGUGUCCUUAAAUUAGCAGAGAUGGGGACUAUGUUUGUAGCGUUUGUGUGUUUUGCUCUAGUAUCCAGGCCCAAAUACAUUGCAGCUACGUGCAUGGAGUUUGUGAUCACAUUCUCCCUGCUUCUGCUGUACACACUGAAGUUGAACAAGAAGCUGACUCUGUUCUUCUGGCCUCUCGUUGAUUUGUUCAACUCACUGUUCGCAGCAGUCUUCAUACUUAUCCUGAGUCUGAUAGCAGUGUCCACUUACACAGUGACAGGGACCCUGGGUGGAGGGAUAGUGGGUUUCAUAGCAACAGGCCUGUGGUGUGUGGAUGGCUACAUGCUUUUCAAGAGGGUCACAUUCAAUCAACCAAGAACAGCAGCAACUGGCACUGUGAAGUGAAGACACCACAAUUGUCUCUUCACAUGCUCACUCGCAGAGUUCCUCUGUCUGUCUGUGUUCUUUCGCCCAUCUUAAUCUUUUUUGUGCACCGGGGCCUCCCACUCCUCUUUCUACUCUGGUUAGAGCCAGUUUGCGCUGUUCUGUGAAGGGACUAGUACACAUCUUCAGUUUCAUGGCAAUUUCUCGCAUGGAAUAGCCUUCAUUUCUCAGAACAAGAAUAGACUGACGAGUUUCAGAAGAAAGUUAUUUGUU